AUGGCUACUGGUGGAGGGGCAAAAUCAGCAGCCUAUGUUCUCUUACUUGUUAAUCUUGUUCUCUUCUUCAUUGUGACUGUCAUAGCUGCAUGGGCAAUGAACCAUGGGAUCGAAAGGUCUCAUGAAACAGCAUCUGUUUUGUCCAUACCAUUGCGCAUUUUUCCAAUAUAUUUCCCAAUGGGAAAUAUGGCAACUGGUUUCUUUGUAAUCUUCUCCCUCAUUGCCGGUGUUGUUGGAAUUGCCACCUCACUUAACGGACUUCAUAACGUUUUUCAAUGGGAUGCCCCCAGUUUACACACAGCUGCUGCCUCUUCUCUUGUAUCUUGGUCCCUCACUCUUCUUUCAAUGGGAUUGGCUUGUAAAGAGAUUGAACUUGGUUGGACAACUGGGAACUUGCGCACCUUGGAGACCAUAACAAUAAUUGUGAGUGCAACUCAGUUGUUUUCUACUUGUGCCAUCCAAGCUGGAGUUGAAGAGGCUAUUGCAGAAAAAAUGGAUCAGGCUGGAAGAUAUUAAUCCCAUGCAUGUUAAUGUUGUUGUUAUAUUCAUC